AUGGAGAAAGGCCUCUUCAGCCGCUUUCGCCGACCGCGCAAGAUGGUGUUGCUCAAGUCCCACAGUACGUACCAGACGAUGCAGACGGCUGAAGUUGCGAAGCUGUCUGAGCAGUAUGGGGCGAUUCGAGCUUCGUCGGAUUCAGCUGCAAUUGAGCUUCAAACAGCUCGGAAGCAGCUCUCUAUGGCGAAAGCGGAGGCCGAACUGGCAAUGAGCGACCGCAUUGAUCUGAUGAAGGAAAACAGUCACCUGAGGCAAGAAUUCACCCAGGCUAUGGCCCACAUUGCAUCCCUGCAGCAAGAUCUGGGGAAACUAUGUGCUGUUCAAAAGGAUUUUGAGCAAGCCCACGCCUCUCUGGAGCGCUGCAGGCAGAUGCAUGCUGUCGACAGGGAGCAGAUCCUGCGCCUAGAGGAAGAACUUAAGGCCUACGCUGAGAAGGAAAAGCAAUUGCUGCUUAUACAGAGGGAGGCAGAACUUGCGAAACGGCAAAGCGCCAAGCUUCUGAAGGAGCUACAGGAAGCUCAGCAGGCACUAACAGCAUUCCAAGAUGUCUCUGAAAGGAACUGCUGGGAAAAGCAGGCAGAAACAAUGCUUCAACUGAACACGACGCUGGCGGAUGAGAAAGCUCUCAGGAACGAGCUAGAGAAGCAGGCAAAUGAGAUCGCCAUGCUUGCGACUGACCUUAGAUCAGCUAACCAGCGGGAUGCACAGAAAGCUGAGCAGCUACGGAUAGCUAUUGAAGAGGCGCGGCGCUUUGAAUUCGAGGCCCAGCGGCGCCUUGAUGAUGUUGCUCGUCUAGAAGCUGAAAAUGCCAAGAUAGCAAAGGAGCUCGAAUGCUACUCGAAAAAGCACUUCGAGGAUCUUACGGAGUCUUUAGCAGAGAAACAGAAGCUUAAAGUGGAGCUGGAUGCAGCAGCGGAUUACAGUAGUCGGUUAUCUGUGGAGCUUCAACUGGUGAAGGAGUCAAACUGGAAGCAGAAAGAAGAACUAAGGAGCUCACGAGUCGCACCAAUUGCAGACUGCCGAAUUCGAAGCGACUAUUGCAACGAUGGAACAGCAGUCGAAAAACCAAGAAACCGCCCUCCUGAGGACGCAAACCCUUAA